CAUCGCCCGCGCAAACUCCCAAUGAUUUCACUUGCGCUACUGGUCACAUCGUAACGCAUUCACCAGCAUGAGUUCCAUGAUCACAGCCCUAGCGUGGGUUCCCAGAGGCCAUGCAGCAGCGUUUCCUACGAAAUAUGCUUUCGACGAAGAAGAAUAUGCUCGCAUUUCGAAGCUCGCCAAACUUGAGCUUGACGAUGCCAAGGAAGAUCUAGAAAAAGCUCGGAAAGCACUAAGUAAAUCCAAUGGAGGAGUGAACAGUUCGGGCGAUCUUCAGGAAGAUAGCAGCGAAGAUGAGGGAGACGACCUAGAAGAAACGAAGGACGAUGAUGACGAUGACGACAGGAUUGCCGACGACGACGACGAUCUUAAAGAAUAUGACAUGGAGAACUAUGACAACGAACCAGAGAUUGCCGAAGAAGACGAAGACGAACCCGUCAACAGCGUAUUUGGCAACAUCAAGUCGCUCGCAUAUCACACAGACAACAACGACGAUCCAUAUUUGACCCUGCCUCAGAACGGCGACAACGAUGAGGACGAUGAAAGAGACGAAUUGCAAGUUCUUCCCACUGACAACAUGGUUCUUGCGGCUCGCAUUGAAGAUGAAGUUGCCCAUCUCGAAGUUUACGUUUACGAGGAUGAUGCGGACAAUCUAUAUGUCCACCACGAUUGUUUAUUGCCGUCUAUCCCAUUGUGUGUGGAAUGGUUGGGAACCAAGAUUGGCCAGGAUGCGAGCACUGUUGAAGGAGGUAAUUUUGCAGCGGUUGGAACAAUGGAACCCGAUAUCGAGCUCUGGGACUUGGAUGUGGUGGACUCGAUGUAUCCGAGUGCGGUACUAGGACAGAACAACACUGCGCCCGACAUCGCUCAAUCACUAUCCAAAAAGAAGAAAAAGAAGGACAAGAAAUCUAAUGCAUCGUACCACGUCGAUGCUGUUUUAGCUCUCGCGGCGAACCGCCAGCAUCGUAAUCUCCUCGCGAGCGCAUCAGCCGACAAGACCACGAAGUUAUGGGACCUCAACACUUGCACAGCAGCGCAUUCCUACGACCACCAUACGGACAAAGUGUGCGCGUUAGCUUGGCAUCCCUCUCAUUCAUCUGUACUACUUUCGGGCAGUUACGAUCGUACUAUCGUGGCAUCGGAUAUGCGUGCUCCUAACGCGCCAGUCCUUCGAUGGGGUGUAGAGAGUGACGUGGAACAAUUGCGAUGGGACCCUCAUGAUGAGAAUCGCUUCUAUGUCAGUACCGAAUCUGGCAUGCUACACUGUUUCGAUACGCGGACAAUUCCGUCGAGCCCUGAGGCUAGCAAGGCCCUCUGGCAUCUGCAAGCCCACACCAAGUCUUUAUCUUCGUUCUCCAUCAACGCGACGGUACCUGGAUUCAUCGCGACUGGCUCAACGGACCGCACUGUCAAAUUGUGGAGCAUUGCGCCGGAUGGUGCCAACAACGGCGGGCCAAGUAUGGUCGUCUCGCGCGAUCUCGGCGUUGGCAAAGUCUUCUCCGCAAACUUCGCUCCCGAUGACGAGGUUGCUUUCCGGCUGGCUGUAGGUGGAAGUAAAGGUACUGUACAGAUCUGGGACACGAGCACCAACAAGGCCGUCCGAGAGGCCUUCGCAACACGCGUGAAAUUACCGACCCCGGCGAGCGGCGAGAUCAAGGAACGUUUAGUGGGAAUCCAGGAGGACAACGAGAUUGAGGAUGAGGAAGCUGAGGCAGAGGAGCAUGGUGGCGAGGGUGGUUGGGAAAGCAUGGACGAAGACUAAAUUACAUGCCAGAUCUAGUGAUGACUACAGCAGUCUUCCAAGCGAGAGUCAAUCAAUGAGAUUUAAUGCGAAAUAUCUACAUAGACGAUGAUUGCACGAUGAGAAGAAGGACGAUUUGAAGUAUAAUUGGUACAGUGCUGUCAUUAUGGAACAAUCAGGAUCGGUCAUGAUUCCCGCUGAGAUCUCAAAUUAAUCCUUGACUCCCACAAGGUCUAUUCCUC